GCAAGGUUUUACUGCCCCCCUCCGUUACCCCUCGUUCACUCUCGAUAUUCCCAUCCCCCCACUUUGUGUGGAUGUCGAUGUUACCAACGCCGCUUAUGAGAAACCACCGAAGCAAACCUUGGAGAAAACCGCCAGCAUUGAACAAGGGAAAUCAGUGACUCCGGACUCAGCAUAUAAUUAAAGACGAGGUGCUCCACGAUAAUAAAUUCCCUUGGACGUUUGUAAGAGUAGACUGUCUUCCGACAUGAAUCCUGUGUAUAGUCCUGUCCAGCCCGGGACACCGUACGGGAACCCCAAGAACAUGGCAUACGCAGGCUAUCCUGCAGGUUAUGCUCAGACUCCUACCUAUACACCCAACCUCUACCAGACUGGCAGUCCAGGCUAUCCCCCAGUGCUGCUGGUGAAGCAGGGCUGGCCCCAGGCCUCCGGUGCUGCAGUGGGCCCAGAGGGCUCCUAUGACCUGGCCAUGGACGCAGGCUCAGAGGGCCGCCAGUACCAGGCCUCAGCCGCAGCUUUCAGAUACACUGCUGGGACGCCCUACAAGGUCCCCCCUGGUCAGUCCAAUGGGGCGCCCCCUCCCUAUUCCCCGUCCCCUAACCCCUACCAGACGGCCAUGUACCCCAUCAGAAGUGCCUAUCCCCAACAGAACCUCUACGCUCAGGGUGCGUACUACACACAGCCGAUGUAUGCGGCUCAGCCUCACGUCAUCCACCACACCACGGUGGUGCAGCCCAACAGCCUCCCCAACGCCCUCUACCCUGCCCCUGUCCAACAGCCCCGCUCCAACGGCCAUAUGGCCAUGGGCAUGGUGGCCGGCACAACCAUGGCCAUGUCUGCUGGUACUUUGCUGACCACGCCUCAGCACGCCACUCAGCACAUUGGUGGACAUCCGGUCACCGUGCCAACCUACCGGCCCCAGGGGACACCUGGGUACAGCUAUGUGCCUCCUCACUGGUAGACCCUCCUCACUGGGCCCCACUCAUGAGUCAAACAUUGCUCACAACUCAAGUCUUACAUUGGUGCAGGAGGUCUGGCAUACAAGCGCCAAGUCUGUCAUCAAGAAAAAAAACUAAAGUGCAAGGGUCACUAUGCAUUAUUUUGUGAUUUGGAAAAGCUGCUUUUUCAUGUUUUUAUUAUUUUUUACCAGCCUCAGAUUUUUUUAAUUUUUAUUUUGACUCUCUUAUAAUCCAGACACACACUGACCAGCAGUAUAGUACAUUUAUAGUACAUUUGUGCUAAACAAUUGUGUGUGUGUGUGUGUGUGUGUGUGUGUGUGUGUGUGUGUGUGUGUGUGUGUGUGUGUGUGUGUGUGUGUGUGUGUGUGUGUGUGUGUGUGUUUUUCUGUUCUGAACACUGGUUACGACGCAAAGCCAGUCCCUUCAGCCGUGAGAAUGUACACCUCUUUGUAUGCUGCCAAAUACUCUCAUGUUUCAAAAAACAUUGGGGGGAAAGCGCCGUACGAGUGUUGCGCCUUGUUUCUUUUGUGUUGCGCCUCGAUUAUUUUCCACUUUUCUUGUUUUGCAUUCCCAUUUGGGUUUACGUUCAAACACAACCAUCUUCCAGCACAAGAUAACAAGGGUCGUCUUCCAGCUUGUAGCAACAGUGCAUUAACUUGGCUUCGUAAGAUUAUUCCCACUGUAUAUCAGUCAUGUGGUAGAAGAAAGACUAAUACCAGAAGUACCGUAAUAGUUACACACCAUGUAGAGUACAUUUUCAGUAAGUUCAGUGGACAUAAUUAGCUUUUACGUCUACUAGAGUAUUGUAAGCAAUUGAAAUAUCUAUACAUGAAUAUAUAUUAUAUAUAGGAAUACUGACGUGUGAGCGAGCGCCUGUACACGUUUGUGGUUCUUUUGGACAAGUAAAAGCUCGGCAAACUUAAAAACACACUCACAUUUAGGUUUUUCAGUUGGUGUGAGUAGUGGCACAUGUACACAAUACAUAUACAGAUUUAUAGGACAUCACACACACAGACGCAAAAGUGUAGACAUCAUAGGACGCGAUGGAUAGAUUGCUGGAUAGGGUCUCCCUAUUGCAGGCUAUGUUGUGAAUUGAAUCCAACUCUAAUCUAGUGUCAACUGAAGUGCAUGGAGUUUGAAGGGUGAGGCAAAUUGUCAGUUGGACCAGGGAUAACUAAGUUGAAGGAUUCAAGGGAUUUACGGUCAAUAGAAGAGAGGGGAGAAAGGAAUACAAGGGGAGUAGUGAGUGGAAAAAGGAAGAAAAGCAUCUAAAUUGUGUUGUGGUCAAGCAUAUAUGCCCAUAGCCUUGUGCUGCAUGCCUCCCAUUGAUCUCACAGGCUGGAGAUAAGUGUUAUUCACAAUAAAGACUCCAUGUGAUGUCAUGUUUACAUGUUUAAUAGAUCUAAUCUAGGCCCUAAACUGCACCAUUUACCUGGGUCGUGUUCAGCAAGGCACGCCAGAGCAAAACGUUUUGCAUUGGAAAACGAAAAAUUGGUGUUCUUAUUGGACAGAUUCAGGUAGUACCGCCCUGUUUUAGUCCUUUUUAAAACGUUUUCUCGGGAAUUUAACAUGGCCCUGAUCAGUGUCACUUGUUUUUCAGGUGACCAGUAGAGGGCAGUAGUGAGGGGUGCAGGGCAGACAGCAGAGUUAAGGCUUCUUCCGCACGCUUCAGUUUGGGUAGCCGAACUGAACGAGUGGGCUCGCAUACCUUACCUUCGCUUGAAAAAAGAGAAAAAAUACGCAAUAGUACUGUUUGUCCGUUUUGGGACUACGUAGCCAAAAUAGUCCAAAUUAAUCUAGAAAUCUGUGAUUCAUUUUGAUGUUUUUGCAAAGGAGAUCUUAGUUGUGCAAUUUUACAUCUAACUAUGAUGUUUGGUGGAGUAUUUCUCAAUUGAAAACAUUUGCAUGAAAAUGAGUCGUCUAUCAUUGAAUGACAGCAAACACUUCAUUGAGGAAUUCCUACUGUUGACCAAUCGCCGAUGAAAGGGUGUUAACUUCGGUUUGCCUCGCAAUAAAAAAAAUUGUGUGCAACGAACAGUCGAAAAAAACCUUGCCGAAGACCAAAACCAAUAAAAACUCCACCAAAUGUAGUCAUAAUAUAUACACAUACUGUUCCAAACUGCUUGGUUGGCUCAGGGUUUUAGACGGGCCCCCUAUUCCCUUCCUAUUUAGGGCUCUGGUCAAAAGUAGGGCACUAUAUAGGGAAUUGAGUGCUAUUUGGAACAGAAACAAGGUUUUAGAAGCCAGACUGACCUCAACAGAGAUGUGUUUCAGUUCAGAGAAUUGUGUCAUCUGGUCUCAAUGUGUAUAUUACUCCGUAGUCCAUGCAAUUGAUACUAGUUCACCUGUCUUGUGAAAUCUUCUAAACAAUGGCAGGUGUAAAAAUGCUCUAAAACACAUUAUUUUGCACUUAGAUUAGCGAAAGGAAACAUUUAGUCGUCAGGUUGGCCAACCUGUUAGGGCCUCCCUCCUAGGCCCUCCCUCCCUUCAGAGUAGCCAAUAGAACAGGUUCAAGACAUUGUUUCCAGGGCAUCCAAUAGCAGACACAAUGGAAGGGAGUUAGGAUCGUGAAGGGAAUCAUUUGUAUGAGAGGAAGAAUUUGUGUUCUAACAGGAAACUGGGAACAUUUAAAAAAAGGUUUCAAUCAUGUCCCUUUAGUCGGGGCCAAAAACCCUAUGACAGGGGCACUGAGUUGGGAGAGGUCCGUGUGCGGCAUGUGUUGACUCCAAAUCAACCCCUAACCUAGCCCUAGCCUCUACUCCUCUCAGGUCUUCUGAGAGGAUUGGGAUAGGUGGAAUCAAUAUGGCUGACAUUUCCACCCAGCCAAUCAGAAUGCAAGAUUUUACCAUAAUGCUUACAGUGUAUUGAUCCAGUCUGCCUACAUCCACAGGAGUGACUAGGGUGUAGGGGCUAGGGAUCCAUUUGGAAUUCAGAAUAUAGUUGGCAAGGAAGCAGGGUUCAGCUUGGGUAGAGUUUAAAGGUUGUGAGGAGGAGUUCCAUACUAGGUUAUUAUGGUUCAGUACUAGGUUACCGUAUCAUGACCACAUAUCAGAGUUAUCAUGUGAGUGUGUCAAAAUUGUAUUGCACAAACAUCUAAAAGUAAUAAUCUAUACUAAAUACCAGGUACUUAGCUCAUAUUUUAAGAGAUUUCUUAAGAGUUAAUUUAGUUCCGUGCAUUUGACUCUUUGGUCUCAAUAAACAACUGUAAAUUUAAGAGAAUAUCUGUUGUGAAUAAUUGCUACUGCUUUUUUCAAUCUGUUACAAUCAGUUAACUACUAUGUAAAAUGCUAAAUGCCAUUUUUUUGCCACAGUGUUACAUCGCCAAUGGAAAUAAAACAUUUAUUUAAAGGAGAGGCAUCCUACACCCAACAUAUGACAAUUGAUACAGUAGCAUUCGCUAGUGAACGAGGUAUAGAUGUGUAGAUGAGUGAGGCAUUUAUACAGUCCUGUGUGAGAGUUUUUUCCCAACAUGGCACUGGUCAGACUGUGUAGAGCUAACGUUAUCCAACCGCUACUCUCCCCUGUCAGUAGCCUAUCACAGAGCCAAAACAGAACAAGAACAUUGAAAACAAGUCUCAAAAGUAAAUGUAUUGUGCCACAUUUUUUGGGAAUAUUAGAGGGAAGACCAUCAAAAAAAUAUAGUUUUGUAGUGCUAUUCACUAGAACAUGUAAUGUGAUGCAAGAGCUGAACAAUGCAUAUGACUAGUUGCACAGGCCCAAGUCUGUGAAUGCUAUGUUGAGUGCUAAAUCUUUGGCGGUUCAAAACCUCAAUAAUAAUUCAACCAUGUGUACUAUGAGUAUAACUGCAGUGUUUUAAAAAAAAGGCUAAAAAAAAUGAUAAACUUUUAAUUUCUUGUAUGUAAUUUAAGCGCUUUUUACCAUAAGUGUUAUUUAAGGUUUUGUUUAUUGAUUGAUGUUUAUUAUUCUUAAGAUUGACAAUAAAAGAUCUAUCUCAA